CUUAUAAAACCAUUUUAAUUAAAAAGUAAUUGUUUACGUUCUCUUUACAACAUUGAGUCGUUGAAGCGGUGAACGUUCAUAAAUAAAUAUGAUAUCCUUGAAACAUAUGGCACAGUCAAUGUAGGCGGGGUGGUGUGAAUCGUGCAGGUGGUACAGUCAGGAUGCCGUAUCGGCAAAGCCAUGUGGAAAUUAAUGGAAUCCACACACAAGUAUUAAUUGGGACUUUGAACUUUAAAAAACGCACAGAUUGUACAUCUGGUUGGUAGUGGGUUAGAUUGUACAUACAUACGAUAUUCACAGUAGUGACGGUAGCAGCACUGUGCUGUCAUUAUUUCCUACUGCGUUGCUGGUGCAGAUAGAGGACCAACCAUGACCGACAGAGACAGGAGUGACCCUACCGAGCCUUUGAACCCAAACGCAGGAGAGCAGCCGCCAAGUUACAGCUCCACCUACCCGUCCCCUCCACCUGUGGGGGCAAACCCUGUCUACUUACCGGCCAGUCCACCGGGCUACAGCGACGUGUUCCAGACAGGGGAAAAGCAGCCGAUUAACGCGCCGCCAAUAAGCCAGCCCCACAGUGUUCCUGGCCCGGCUCCAGUACCGGGGCCGCCUCCCUUGACAACGGGCAACUAUCAGGCUGGACAAACCACGAUCAUCGCAACUCAGACGAUUUUUAGCGCGUUCCCCAUGAUGGUAACCUGCCCUCAAUGCACGCAGCAUGUAACAACUCGCGUGCACUAUGUCACUGGUCUUCUGACUUGGCUGUUGGCUGUUCUGAUGUGCUUAUUUGGUUUGUUCCUGGGCUGCUGUCUGAUUCCAUUCUGCUUUGAUGGGUGUAAGGACGCCAUCCACUCCUGCCCUAACUGCCACUGUGUCCUGGGGACUUACAAACGGAUAUAAUAGAGAAAAUGUGGACACUCGGGAAAACCCAAAGAGGACAACAAUUUGCUGAGCCCCUCGGGCCAAAAUUUAGUAACUGUCUACAUUGCAGAAAAAGUAGUGUAAAGGUGUAUCUUAAAGCUACAUUCUAUGGAAGCAAUCCUCCUAUGUAGUUGCACAGAAAACUCCGUAGGCAUUAGAAAGCAGCGUUGUUUACUGAAAUGUUUUGUCUCUGGCUGCAAUGUCCCUUCAUUUCCAUUAGAACAACACGUGUUGCUGUCUGUGAUGCUCCCGGGUCAUUUGCAAGUACCAUUGAAACAUUUUGCUUUUGGGAAUAUUGUGGUUAUGAAGAUGCAGUGGCUCCUACGGAGCCAGAGCCGUCGCAUUAACUGUACGAGGACUCAUUCUAAUCGUUUAUAGAAGAAAUUUAUGACAACAAAAAUCAAUCAAACAUUUACUGCUGUCGUGCUUUGUAGGUUAAUGUUUUGUAGAAUAUAUUCUAUGCACUCUGCUUUCUGAAAACUCUAACCCUUGUAAUGUCCCAAAACUAUGUUUUGGUUUUUUUUUUUUUAAUUUUUUUCUCUCCUUGGACGUGAAAUGUUCUCAUUUUGAGGGUUUAAAGUUUGAAUCCAGAGACUUGGUGUCGGGGCUGUGGUUUAAUAAAUGGUUUGAUUUGCUUUUCUAAAACUCGACCGUGCA